UAUAGUUUACUACUUAAUUAAAUUAGAGUACUUAAAUAAAGUUUUUCGUUAUUUUGAUCUAUUUAAAUUAAAUUACCAUCAGUAACUAUAUACUAACUUUGAAAAAGGUGUUGAAUUUUAUCAGACGACCAGUUAUCAACGUUAUUUCAUUUUCAUCACGUCGGUCGUUUUAUAAUAUUUUGGACGAGUACUGAAUAGUGAUAACAUGCAACCAGUUAUCACUAUUACUGGGCACAAAUAUUUCACUGCUGUCUACUGGAACAUUGUUUUUCCAGGCACCUGUUAUGGUUUCAGGUAGUCAUUUGAUAUUAAUGUCAACAUUUGAGAGGAAUGCCAAGUUAAUGAAUUUGUAAAAUGGCUUGUGGAACGCUUUCUACUACAAACAUGUUCAUAUCAGAACUGGAUCAAAUCCUAAACAUGCUGGAGCGUGGUACGCUCAUCACUCGGUUCUAUUUGAAAAAACGGCCAGAGAAGCGAACCCUGCGGUUACGUAUGGAAACUAGACAAAUCCUUUGGUCAAGAACGACCAAUACGAAUAACAAAACCUCUGACGGCAGCUUGGAUUUGAGAGACGUGAAAGAAGUACGAUGUGGCAGAAAUAGUAAAGAAUUUGACCGAUGGACUGAUGAGUUAAAAAAGAAUGAAUUUACAAAGUGCUUUGUUGUAUUCUAUGGCAACGAGUUUAAAUUGAAAACUCUUUCUGUUGUUGCAUUAUCAGAACAGGAAUGUGAGCUUUGGGUGAGAGGGCUCUAUCACCUUGUUAAUGAUACGGUUUGCGCUCCAUAUUCUUUGCAAGUUGAAAGAUGGCUGCGAAGAGAAUUUUAUAGUAUGGAGGGCGCAAGAGAAACAGUAACACUCAAAGAUGUUAAAGCUUUUCUACCUCGUGUUCACUGCAAAAUGUCUACUAGCAAACUGAGGGAGUUGUUCCAAGAGGUCGACAUAAGGAAACGGAAUGAACUUAGUUUUGACGAGUUCCUCAAGUUGUAUAAUAAACUUAUCUGUAAUUCAGAAAUAUUCAAAGAAUAUUUUUCCAUGUACUGUUCAGCCGACGACACGUUUAAUGUACAUAAUCUUACAAGGUUUUUGAAUGCAGAACAAGAAAGCUUGUGUCUCGAAGAAGAAGUUGUUGCAAGACAUAUGAAAGAAUACUUACAGUAUUGUGAAAAAGAUGUAAACGAUCAAUUAAUUUUUACAGCAACUGAUUUUGUUGACUAUUUGUAUUCAAAACAAAAUGAAGUUUGGGAUCAAUAUUACGACAUUAUUUAUCAAAAUAUGACCAAGCCGCUUUCACAUUAUUGGGUAUCGUCUUCUCAUAAUACUUAUUUGACUGGAGAUCAAGUUUCAAGUGACAGUUCAGUUGAAGCAUAUGCCAGAUGUCUACGCUGGGGUUGUCGUUGUGUAGAAUUGGACUGUUGGGAUGGACCAGAUGGUUUGCCAAUAAUUUACCAUGGUCAUACUUUGACAAGUCGAAUAAAAUUUUUAGAUGUUCUAAAAACAAUUAAAGAACAUGCUUUCAUUACUUCUCCCUAUCCAGUCAUUUUGUCAAUUGAAGACAAUUGUUCAAUACCACAACAGCGAAAUAUGGCUGCUACCAUGUUAGAAGUUUUAGGCGACAUGCUAAUUACACAGCCAGUUGACAAAAAUGAAACAAUAAUGCCAUCACCUGAACAAUUAAAGUACAAGUUUAUAUUAAAACAUAAACGACUUCCUGCAAAAGACUGUGAACAGGCCGUCACAUUUAAGAAUUUUGAAGACACAAAGGAAACCGAUUUGAGAAAUACAAUUAAAAAUGGUGUUCUCUAUUUGGAGGAUGCAUUAGAAAAAGAAUGGAGACCUCAUUUUUUUGUAUUAUCGGAUAAUAAGCUUUACUAUACAGAUCUUUGUAAAAACGAUAUUGAUAAUGAUGAAGAAAUGGAGGGCAGUGAAAUAGAGCAUAGUGAUAUACCCAGUGCAAAUCGCUUGAGAGAAGGAAUACCUAAUGAUGAACUACAUUUUGGUGAAUACUGGUUUCACGGAAAACUUGUACGUGGUCGAAAUGAAGCUGAAGAACUGUUGAAACAGUAUAAACAUUUUGGCGAUGGUACAUUUUUGGUACGACAAAGUGAUACAUUUGUUGGUGAUUAUUCUUUAUCUUUUUGGCAUCAAAGUAAAGUGAAUCACUGUAGAAUCCGAUCAAAACAUGAUAGAGGUCAAAUGAAGUACUAUUUAAUUGAAGGCACUAUAUUUGAUAGUCUAUAUAGUCUGAUUACUUAUUAUCGAACAAAUCCACUGCGCAUACAUGAAAACUACUUAGUUUUAAGUGAACCUGUACCUCAACCUUUAAAACACGAGGGAAUGGUCUGGUAUUUGCCUCAUGUUUGUAGAAGUCGAGCUGAGGCGUUAUUAAGACGUGUACCUCAUGAAGGCGCAUUUUUGGUGCGACCGUGUGAAAACGAUAAUCAUUUAUUUGCUAUUUCUUUUAGAGCUGAAAAAAAAAUUAAGCACUGUCGUAUUAAAUUGGAGGGACGUUUGUACACCAUUGGUAUAAAACAGUUUGAAAGUCUUGUCGAACUCAUCAAGUUUUAUGAACAGAACUAUUUGUAUAAAAAAAUUAAAUUAUGGUAUCCUGUCAACGAAGACAUUGUGCAGCGAUUAGGAACCGAAACCGACGAUUCCUCCAUUUCGAGUACGCCUGGCUACAUGGACCCCAGUAAUUUUAUAAAAAAGGUCACAGUGAAAGCCAGUUUCGAUUACGAGGGUCGUCAAGACGAUGAACUGUCGUUUUGUAAGCACGCAGUAAUCACUAACGUGGUGAAACAGGACAGUGGUUGGUGGCGAGGCGAUUAUGGAGGCAAACGACAACAUUGGUUCCCUAGCAAUUAUGUGGAAGAGUUACACGAAGAUCACAUGGAAAAUUCCGAGAGUGGCUCGACAGAGUCCAUGUUCUUGGGGAAUGCGCAAAAAGGUAGCCUAGACCUGACCGGGGCCUUGGUGGAAAUCGGAAAGCUGAACCAGCCCAAACUCGAAUGGAUGAUCAAGAUACAAACGUCUAACGCUUGUACGCCGUUCGUCGUGGGUUCGGUGUCGCGCGAACAAGCGGAAGAGUGGAGGAAUUUGAUAGUGGAAACCGCCCAUAACGCCAGCGCCAGAGAAACGCAAAAUAAAAAAAUGGAACGUCAGCUGAAAAUAGCCAAGGAAAUAUCCGAUCUGAUCAUAUACUGUCGGUCGGUGGCCUUUUGCAUGGAGUCGCAACGCGAACGCGGUUUCUUGCACAACGAGAUGUCGUCAUUCCCCGAACACAAGGCCGAAAAACUUAUGUGCCACCAAGAGAGCAUCUAUUUCUUCAAAUACCACCAAAUACAAUUUAGCAGAGUGUUUCCAAAAGGCUCCAGGAUAGAUUCGUCAAAUUAUUUGCCCAUCAAUAUCUGGAACUCUGGUUGUCAAAUGGCAGCACUCAAUUACCAGUCGCCUGACAAAUCAAUGCAGUUAAACCAAGCUAAGUUUCGUCUCAACGGAGGUUGUGGUUAUGUGUUGAAGCCAGAUUAUAUGUUGGACGAAAGUGACACUCUGACCAACAACUGGAUGGAAGAGACUUUGUCGGUGACUAUUUGUGUGAUUGCCGGACGACAUGUUGGUAGACCAGGUCGAAAUGGAAUUUCCAGUCCGUUUGUUAUUGUAGAAGUACUUGGCGUAGAGCUAGAUUCAGGCUUAAAAUUAAAUACCAAAACGAUACCUGACAAUGGAUUUAAUCCCGUGUGGAAUGAAACAUCAGAAUUUGAAAUUACAAAUCCCGCUGUUGCUUUUAUUCGAUUUGUUGUCAACGAUGAGGACAUGUUCGGGGAUCCACAUUUCAUAGGACAAGGCACUUAUCCGAUAAUUUCCUUAAGAUCUGGUUAUCGUAGUGUACCAUUAAAAAACGGCUAUUCAGAAGACAUUCCAUUGGCUUCUCUUUUAGUACACAUAACUAUAAGAAGCAAUACAGAACUAUUAUCUUCAGAAAGUGUAAUUCAAUCACCGAUUGAGUAGUUUGUGCAAUAAUGAUGUGGAACUCUAUUUAAAGGCUGAAAAAAUUUAAUUUGAGUAAUAAUUAAGCAUGCUAUUAGCUUUAUUUAUCAAACACAAUAAUACGAAAGUUAUCUAAUAUAAUAAUAUUGUGCAAUAAUAACAAAACAAAUUACCCAAAUAGGUUUCUUAUAUUAUAAAUUGUUCUACAGGAAUCUUGAGAGACCUAAGUGAAAUCUACUUAAAAUAAGUUGCUCUCAAAGAGUAGUUCACAUAAUUCAAAUAUAUUUUAUAAAUGACAUUCAAAAAAUAUAAUUUAACUGGGUUCCGUUUAAUUUAAAAACUGAGUUUUUUUAAUUUGUUUAUAGAUAACAUUUAUCAUUAACUUAUUUCUUUACUAUCUAAUAAUUUGACAUUUGUAGUUACAGAAAGUUAAAAAAUAAUAUUUUAUUUAUUAAACAUUGUUUGAAAAAUUUUAAUCAAAAAGAAUAAUUACCAAAAUCAAACAAUUUUAAAUUUAGUAUAAGUACUGACUACUGCUAAAUAGUAGCAGUAUUUCGAAGUACAACAUUUUUUUAAGCUUAUCAUCAUUAGUAUAAAGAUAUUAUAAUUAUCAUUUUUAAUAUACCAACUAUCAAGAUGAUAAAUUUAAUUUUUAAGUUUUUUAUUUUGAAAGUAAUGCUUAAUAACAUUUUAUUAUAUUUUAUUGAUGUCAAACAGAAGCAAGCUAUUUUUGCAACUUAUGAGAUUACGCAAAUAGUGGUCUUUUAGUUGCAGAAAUUCAUAGAAAUACUUAUUGAUUUAGUGAUUUGUACUAAUGGUCUAUAAAAAGGUUGAACAAUAUUUAUAAUUAAGUUUUUCUAAGAUUGAUACUAAAAUUUGACAUUAGGUAAUUAAUUGUAGACAACACUAUGAUCAAAUUACUGUGUUUGUAACUCUAUUAUUAUAGUUUUGUAUACAAAUUUGCGUUACGUUAGAUUAAAAGUAA